GCCGAGAUGAGAGAUGCAAAAAAUAAUGGGAUAGGAGAGAGAGAGAGAGAAGGAAGAGGAGAGAGGGGUUUACAGAAGGAGGUAGAAUUAGAGAGAAGAGAGAACGCGUGGAGAGACAACGGAGAGACAAAGCGGAGGAUGAGACAGAGAGCGAGAGAGAUGAACAGAGACGGGGUCCGGGUGAUGGAGAGGGGACGAGUGUUGGAGGGGGUGGAGUGGAGGCGGCGGGGGGUGUGAAUCCAGCAGCAUAGGCGGAGGAGAGCGGGGCGCGUGUGCAUCUCGGGGACUUGUUUGAGCGGAGAUUUUGGGGGGAGAUUUCAUCAUGAUGAUGAUGGGCGGCUCGGAUUUGCUGCGGGUGAUGGUGAUGACGACGAUGGUGGUGGUGGCGCUGAUGGUGGUGAUGGUGCCGGAGACACGCGGUGCGGCGGAGGUGAUGGCGAGGAGCAUCCACGCGGAGGAGCGGCUGCUGCAGGCGCUGCUCACCGGGUACAGCCGCUGGUCUCGGCCCGUGCACAACAGCACCCACGUGGUGUACGUGCGCUUUGGGCUGUCCGUGGCGCAGCUCAUAGACGUGGAUGAAAAGAAUCAAAUGAUGACGACUAACGUGUGGCUAAAGCAGGAGUGGCACGACUACAAGCUGCAGUGGGAUCCCGCGGACUACGAGAAUGUCACAUCCAUCCGCAUCCCGGCGCAGCUGAUAUGGGUGCCGGACAUCGUGCUCUACAACAACGCGGACGGCGACUUCGCCGUGACGCACGUGACCAAGGCGCAGCUGAGGCACACGGGCGACGUGCGCUGGACGCCGCCGUCCAUCUACAAGAGCUCCUGCAACAUCGACGUCACCUUCUUCCCGUUCGACCAGCAGAACUGCAAGAUGAAGUUCGGCUCGUGGACCUACGACAAGGCCAAGAUCGACCUGGUGAGCAUGCACACGGACGCCGACCUCAAGGACUACUGGGAGAGCGGCGAGUGGGCCAUCGUGAAAGCGGUGGCGAGGUACAACACCAAGAAGUACGACUGCUGCCCGCAGGUCUACCCGGACAUCACCUACUCGUUCAUCAUCCGACGCCUGCCGCUCUUCUACACCAUCAACCUCAUCGUGCCCUGCCUGCUCAUCUCGUGCCUCACCGUGCUCGUCUUCUACCUGCCCUCGGACUGCGGCGAGAAGAUCACCCUGUGCAUCUCCGUGCUGCUGUCGCUCACCGUCUUCCUGCUGCUCAUCACCGAGAUCAUCCCGUCGACGUCGCUCGUCAUCCCGCUCAUCGGCGAGUACCUCCUCUUCACCAUGAUCUUCGUGACGCUCUCCAUCGUCAUCACGGUGUUCGUGCUCAACGUGCACCACCGCUCGCCGGCCACGCACAAGAUGCCGCGCUGGGUGGUCACUCUCUUCCUCGACGUCAUCCCGCGCUGGCUGCUCAUGUGCCGGCCCGUCCACUCGACCAUCGGCAGCGCCGGUGCCGGAGGCGGCGGCGGCGGUGGCGGUGGCCCCGUUGCCACCGCUGUCCCCAAUCUGACCGCGCGGAGGUCUUCCAAACACUACUUCCACCAGCAGCAGAUGAUGCAGCAGCAGCACUGUCAACAGCACCACCAGCACCACCAACAACGUGGUAACGGUCACAGCGGUGGAGAUCACCACCUCCAUCAGCUGCGGAAUCUACAACUUCAGCAGCAGCAGCAGCAGCAACAACAGUCGCAGCAUAAUCAUAAUCAGCACCAGCACAACCAACAGCACAACCACCAGCAGCAGCAUCAUCAUCAACAGCAGCAGCAGCAACAUCAACAGACGCAGCAAAAUCAUAAUCAUCACCAGCAUAACCAUCAGCAGCAGCAGCAUCAACAGCAGCAGCAGCAAGGGGAUGACGGCUGCAAUCUGGGCUUGGUGCUGGACCUGGACGGGCUGCAGAUGACCGACGACAAGCCCAGGGCGGCGUCGUCCUCGUGCACGUGCAACGGGGUCGGCGCGGCGGCAUCGGCGGCGCCGUCAGCGCCAGCGUCGCCAGCGCCUUGGGACCGCUGCGGGGGGGCCAGGGCCCAGGGAGGCCUGGGAGAGUGCCUGGAUUUCUCCGCGGCACCCGCGACCCUCUGGCAGGCCAUGGAGGGCGUGUGCUACGUCGCCGACGAGCUGAGGGCCGGAGAUGCCGACUACGCCGUGAAGGAGGACUGGAAGUACGUCGCCAUGGUGAUAGACAGGAUCUUCCUGUGGGUCUUCGUCCUCGUGUGCAUCUUCGGGACGUUUGGUCUCUUCCUGCCCCCCUGGAUCGCCGGUAUGCUGUGACCCGGGCCAGCGCUGGACGCGUGACGCCGGGCUCUUCCAUUCGCCGAUUUAGGGGGUGGCGGAGAGAGAGAGAGGGGGCUGGGAUGGGGCGUGUGUGUGCUGUAUUGAUGAACGAUGGAAAUAGUGUUUUGAUGUUUUAAAAGCGUUUAGAAGGUAAAUGAAUACAACUAUUGAACAGGGUUGAACGAAGGGAGGUGAAAUUACGAAAUUCAUAAUCGUCGUUAUUUCUGACCGCCUGACGUUUAAGGCACAUUUGUCAUCAAAUAUCAUCAUCAUUCAGUUGCUGCUUAAAACAAAUACGACCGCGUAAUGGUGUGUGUGUGUGUGUGUGUUUUAAGGUCUCAUCACAAAUUAUAUUUAUGAUGUGGUUAAACGAAGAUGGUCGCGUGACGUUACGCAGAUAUAUCCGUUGUGUUCGUUAAAUUGGCACGCAUCAUUGCACACACAGCGCGUGUAUGUAUUUACUUAUUGAUUACAAUGUAUUAUGCACUGUGUGUGUGUGUGUAUAUACACUUACUGGAUGUUUAUAGCACGCCAUAUUCACUCGUGCAAUGGACGAUGUGUACAAUGUUACACAAACACACACAGGUACACAAACAUACACAGGUACACAAACACAAAGAUCCCCCGUGUAGCCUCUAACAGGUCUUCAACAGACUUUUGGGGAAAGUGCUCUUAGCGAGGACAUAUGCAGGCACAGGAGAAGGGGUGAGUGAUGUGGCUAACACCACGCCCGCCCGUCUUUGUUUCCCCAGUGUUGAUGUUUAUACAUUGCACCCAGGUACUAAUUUAAGGCCGAGUCGAUCUAGGGGAGGCCCGUAAUAGGUCCAAAUAUUCGCUACCACUGUUAUUGGUCGUCGGCGGUAAUCGAACUCGGAUCGCCCGGUUCGUAGUGCAGUGCGCUAACCGCUGCGCCACCGCUCCCCAUAAUGCCACACACACACACUGACACUGUUACACACACUCAAAGGCGUUGUUGUUUGAAAUAAACCAUGGUUCCUCU